AUGACGUCCCAGGCACCGCUCCUCGACCCCUCCAUCUUCGCCUAUCUGGAGUCGAAGAUAGAAGAGGAGACGCAGGUACGCGAGACCCUCACGGCUAUCGUCCAGCGUCUUGAGAAAGCGGUCGCUACGGCCCAGGGCCUGCUAUCACGCGUGCACUCUACGCCGCGCAGCCAAUACCCGACCCUCGUCGCUCAAGUUGAGGCCGCUGUCAAGGACGAGGCCGUCGUCAUCGCGGAGCUGAAUGAGGUUGCAUCCAAGCACCCAUACUACCAGUACAACGCAAAAUGGUCCCGCGCGAUGCAAAAUGCCAUCGGCACCGUCGUCUACUGCGCCUGGCUCGGUGGCUUCCCCAAGGAAUCGACUGCCUCGACGCAGCAGGAGGUCGGACGUCUGCUCAGUCUAGAGGAGGUCGGCGCCAUCUUUUCCGUCCCCGCAAACCUGAAGGACCGCGACAGCUUCCAUCUCACCAUCGAGGAAUACCUCCUCUCCCUCACCGACCUUACCCAGGACCUCUCCCGCCUGGCCACAAAUUCCGUCACCCACGGCGAUCUCUCCUUGCCCCUCACCAUCGCCACCUUCAUCAAGGAUCUCUUCGCUGGCUUCCAGCUCCUCAACCUCAAGAACGACAUCCUGCGCAAGCGCGCCGAUGCCGUUAAAUAUGAUGUCAAGCGGGUCGAGGACGUCGUAUACGACCUGUGCCUCCGUGGACUCGUAGCGAGGCCAGGCGCGGAUACGGAGAUGAAAACGGAGGAUAGCUGA